AUGUCUUACCCGCUACCAACCCUUGGCGUGUUGACGCAAAAGAGCUUUAAAAACAAGCUCGAUGAACUUCACGAGAAGAUUCUUGACAAAGACGAUAUAAUCAACGAUUUGUGGACAAGAGCACAGUGGGCCGAGCGAAGAGUGCUUGGGUUGACUGUCGAAAUGGCUGGAAAGGAUGCGGAAAUCGUUGCUCUUAAGGCCGAGCUUGCUGCCGUCGGAGCUGGUCAACAGGCGAAUCUUGGCGGAGGCGGGGAAGACGUGAGCGCUAAAUAA